GUCUUCAUUCGCGCCAGUCAUGAAUCGCUUCAUCAGUCACAAAAGRGYUCUAUGUUUUUUGRUGAUUUUAGYUUUCGUAWUUGUCAUCGUAGAAAUCUCUAUGUAUUCGUCUAGCGAACGCAAAGACUCACUUGUGGACACUGUUCAACAGCAGAUCGUCAAUUUCGAAGGUAAAUUAGAUGAUCCAGACUAUGUCAUUGUCAGUGAUGUCCCAGGAAAAUCUCCCCAAUAUGAUGAAAACUGGAUGGAUGRAUAUACAGAAGAUAACAUAUUUUAUGACAAAGUUGAGCACAAUGUUAAUGUGAAAAAGCCUGCAGCAUACGCAGCAAAGCACAAACUCCCUAUUAUUAUGUGGUGGACCCAUUUCACUGGCGAGAAUAUUGUGAAAAGAUGUGAYAUGGGAGAAUGCUAUGUAACUGAGGCAAGAAAGUUCAAGACACAUCCAAGAACAAAGGCAUUUUUGUUCUAUGGAACUAACUUUAAACCCUCAGAUUUACCAUUGCCAAGACUAGCUCAUCAUGAAUGGGGUUUGUUCCAUGAAGAAUCCCCAAAGAACAACCCUAUUUUGCAUCACCAAGACACUAUUGAGCUCUUCAAUCAUACRUCAACAUUCCGUCGUCACUCCGAUUUCACUGUGGUCACCCAGUAUCUCAAUUCAUUGGAUGAACUUCUGAAGCCUCCACAAUUUUCUUUACACAAGAAGAGCAAAAAUGGACUUGCUUCUGUUGUUUACAUACAAAGUGGYUGCAAUCCRCCAUCAGACAGAGAUGCUUAUGUUGCACAACUGAUGAAGUAYAUUARAAUAGACUCAUAUGGCAAGUGCCUUCACAAUAAAGACUUGCCUCCUAAAUAUGUGGAUCCUUUAACAAUGGAUGACAAAGGCUUUCAGACAAUCAUGGCACAGUAUAAGUUCACUAUAUCAAUGGAAAAUGCCAUAUGUGAUGAUUACAUUACAGAAAAGUUAUGGCGUCCAAUGAUUUUGGGYUCUGUUCCUAUUUACCGAGGUUCACCGAGUGUCAACGAUUGGAUGCCCAAUAAYCACUCAAUCAUCCUUAUUGAURAUUUUAAGACUCCAAAGGCUUUAGCAGAUUAUAUCAAGUGGCUUGACAAUAACGACAAAGAGUACCUCAAGUAUCUUGAAUAUAAAGAUGCUGGAGUUACUAAUAAAAAUUUAUUAAACUUCAUGAAGAAAAGACCUUGGGGUCAUGGACUUGAAGAUGGUAACUUUGUAACAGGGUUCCAAUGUUUAGUUUGUGAUCGAAUUCAUGAGAAUCUAAAACUUGCAUCAAGUGGUUCGUCAAUCAAGCAGCAUAUUGCAACACAGGAUCAUUAUGGGUGUCCGGCACCAGUUCAAUUUGAUUUUCCUAUGACUGACAUGCCUGAAUAUGAACGAAAUAUAUGGAAGGACGAGUAUGACUUUACCAAACGACAGUCACAUUAUCUGAAAAUAAGAGUGUUGAAUAGUACUAGAACUGCUUCAAGGAUUAAUAUCAAGAGCACAUUACUUUAGAAAAAAGAGUGGCUUUUUAUUCAUGUUCAUAAAAAGUGUUUAUAAUACAAUAGCAAACAAAGGCGUUAGCAUAGAGAGGAUUUCCCAUGACUUUGCACUGAGACCAUACGGUGCUGUGACAGUGAUGUAUUUUUCGAAAUGAAAUAACAUAAAAAAACAAGGAUUUUUACAAAAAAAUAAUAAAUAAUAUAAAAAUAAUAAAUAAUAUUUUUAGGCAAAUUUCAAAUGGACCUAUAUUUUUGUAUUAAAGAAAUGUGUUGAU